AUGGAACAAACCUUGAGACGCUCCGAUGAUGUACUGAAAAUGAGACAACAGGAGGAAGAAACAAGGCAGGCAGAGUAUGCUGAAGCUCAAGGGGAGAGGGAGGAGGUCAAGUGUAUUGAUUACAUUAUAGAUUUGGAAGCAGGCCUUCCGCGCCACGAAAGUAGUGGGAAAAGUAAUACCUUCAAACAAUAUUAUGAUGCCUUUUUGGGUUUUAUUGAGGAGCUCAUUAUUGUCAUAAUUAUUGUGUUGCUGUUGUACAGUUUAACAAUGGUCGGUCUUUUCUAUGUGAUGACAAUGACGAAGUUUUUGUUCUAA